UAUUCCUGCUCAUAACCCCUGAAUACGAACGUCGUUUUUCUCAAAUGCCUUCCCAUAUCCCGCAAUUUAUCAUUCCCAAUUGUGACCAUAACCUCUUCGAAGAAAUCGCAUUAGCAAAUCCUCACUCCUUCUAUCGAAUGAAUCUUAUCCAAGGUCAACUUGAAAUAAUGCCUCCACAACCAGUUCACAAUGGAUGUUAUUUAGAUCAAAGAGAAGCAAACAUCGUUGGAGAAGUUAGAAACUGGUGCCGUGCCAACGUCAACUUGGUUGGACACUAUGGUGGUUCACAAGGAGCCUAUACAUUGCGUAGUGGUGAUAUUCUGGGCCCUGAAGCUUCUGUUGUCCUUGGUGCCAGAUGGAACGCUCUAUCAACUGAUGAUAGAAAACGAGCAUUUCCACCAGUUGCACCAAAUUUUAUUGUGGAAUUACGUUCAAUGAGCAAUUCACCUCAGUAUGUUCAUAGGAAAAUGUUGCUAUGGAUUGGUGCGGGAGUUGAGGGAAGUAAAGAAGGAAUUUCAAUUAAUCCAAUUGCAAAUCCGCCCACAGUAAGGGUCUAUAGCUAUAAUUCCAACACUAAUGGUGUCAUUUGGCAAGAGUUUGUGAAUCCUCAAACAGUUACUUCACAAGUUCUUACUGGAUUUGUAAUGAAUAUGCAAGAUAUCAUUUGA